AUGCUGGAUCUGCUGGGGAACAAGCUCCCCAAAAAAGGUCUCGUCCUCCACCCGGGGAAGAUCGACAUCAUCAGCAACCGGACCCCCGCCACCUUCCAUAUCGGAGGCAAAGCGGUCCCGACCAAAAACCGGGAGCAUGUCAUCACGGUUCUGGGGAGCCCUGUGGCCUUCCACACGACGCCCUCCCUGGUCGUCGCUGCCAUGCAAUCGAGGGGGAGGCGAGCCUUCUGGUCGCACAAGGGGGAGCUCAUGGCAAAGGCCCCCUUGGCGAAAAAGAUGAUUUUGCAUACGAUGUUGGUACGCCAAUCAGCCUUAUGGGGCUGCGAAACUUGGCCGUAUAACAUGCAAAUUCUCAAGCAAGCAAACUCGAUGCAACUGCUCCAUAUACGGGAUAUGGCAGGAUUACGAAGAGGGGGAACGGAGUCCUGGGUGUCAUGGAACCAAAGGACUCUGCGACGUACCCGCCUCCUGCUCUUCAAGCACGGGGUCACGAAACAACACCCCGCGGCAAGCCGUUGGUCCACCUUUAUCCUCCAGCAGAUCUGGGGACUUCUUGGACAUAUGUGUCGCGGCGACCCUGUCGGGGGAAAAAUCCUUCGCUGGCGAUGUCUAGCCUGGUGGAAUGCUCACAGGCCGCCGCACGGAAAUGUCACACAUGCGAGUCGUUUCAAUGCCUUCAUGGACAUUGACCGCCAAGUCACCUCCGUUGCGGGGGAGAACUGGCACCUUGUCGCGAUGAACAGGGAACAGUGGGCCUACCUGUCGAAGCAAUGGGUUGAGAAGUACGAUGUGCCCUGGGCUACGGGAAAACAGACGAGCAUCGAGAACCUGACGCCGCACUCAAGAGCCACUCCCGCACAUGAUGGCAGUUCCGUCGACGAGAUAGAACCGCCCGUAGCAGCAGAAUGA